ACCUUAUCACAACGAUAAGCGCCCUGAUACUGCAAUAACAAAGUUGUCGGUUCGAGGCUUAGUUUAAUUUAUCUCCGAAGCGCAUUUCGCACGUUAAUUGACCAAGCGUGAGCUAAUCGCGGAAACUUGUGUUAUUUUGAUUUGUGUGUGAUUAAUUCAACACUUAGUUUGAGGAUUAUAUAAUUUUUUCGAGUGUGUGUCCGAUUCUAAAUGGUUUUCGCAUCCGUGAAUAUUGGGCAAGACACAUGAUUUGAUUAGAAAUUAUAAAUCGAUAAGAUAGCAUUGAAAGUUUGUCAAAUAAGAUGAUCGCAUGUUCGAGAAUAGUUUUUCUCAUAAGCCAUCUGUGCAAUGUGAAUCCUAGUCAAAGUUUUCAAUUUACCUAUAAAUCUCCUCAAAUUCCUAAACAGUGGUUCUAGACGAUUUUAUUUUAUUUUUAUCAUGGACUCUUAGACGGGAGUUGUUAGGGUCCAGUCUUUUCCGGAAGCGGUAAAAAAUGUGUUUGUUGAAAGUGAUAUUUGUUAUGGUCAUGGUAAACCAAUUGGAAGCCAUCCAAAACAAGGCAACGGCUGAUAACACCUCAGCGACAGAAAUAAUUAACAAUAACACCUCUGCCCCCGCGCUCGAAUGUGAUGCUCUAAAGGCGACAGGAUGCCUGGAUGGAACGAAUCUUAAUCUAAGUCUAACUUAUUGGCACCCCACUAAAAAACCCAUGAAAUGGCUAGUUAACACUGUAGGAUCAAACAGCUAUUGUAACCAAGCUAGAAUUAUCAAUAAUUUUUUAAUUGUUGACACGAGCUAUAUUAAUUCUUCCUGUAUUUACAAUAUUUCAACGAUUGAGCCAGACGUUCCGCAUUUUCUGAUAAAAGACUCGAGUUUCAAAGAAAUGGACGUGGCAAAUUGCCCCAAAAAAACGGAAUUUUGCGUCAGUGUCGGCGAUACUUUUAGCACGAGUCUAGGAAUAUUUAACACAACCACCCUUCCGCCUCCACUCGUAUGUGAAUUAAAAGCGACAGGAUGUGGUAAUGGAACUAAUAUUACUCUUAAUUUAGCUUGGAACCACCUGUUACCUGAAAUGCCAAGUAAUUGGGUAGUUCGUAGGAUAGAACCACCAAACUGUCCUAAAGUUAGAGUAUUCAAUAAUUCAUUAAGUAUUGAUACCGCCUAUAUUAAUUCUUCUUGUAUUUAUGACAUUACAACAGUCGGUAAAGAAUUCAUUUCACAUAUAGAAGGAUCGGUAUUCAAAGAAAUGGGCAUGGAGUCAUGUCCCAAGAAAAAAGAAACGUGUAUCACUAUCAAUAGCAAUGAUAAUUUUAAUAUAAGCUCAGGAGAAAAGUGUCCCUACUUACACAACUAUUCCAUAAAUGCGAUGGUGAACAACAGAACGAACAUCCCGUACAUUUAUUUGAACGUAAGUUUGGAUCUUGUUGAUGCAAACAGCGACAAAAUCGAGAUCCAUGUGAAGUCAAGACAUAGGAACAGUUGCGGAUUCAUGUAUGACAACUUCCACGACGCCGAUCACGAAAUUAUCAUACCGAAGGCAUUGCCGGUUAGCGACAUUACACCCGAGUGCGAGCUUGAGAUCUUGAUGUCCUUCCCCAACGCUGAUUCCUGCACCGUCUCAUACAAAGUACCAGAAAUCCCAGGUUUCUGCUACGAGAUGCUCAACCCAACUUCGAAAAUUUUAAGCGUGGAGCCACUUUACGACAACCAGUUUAAAAUUCUCUGGGACCCUGGCACCAAAGCCAGGAACAACCAGUCCUAUUACCUGAAAAAAGUCAACUUUUUUUACUUAGCUACGGAAACGCCUUCGAUGCCCAGUGAAGUCGAGUUUGUUGGAAAACCAGACCUGGAGGCACACACAGCUACGGUGGUUAUGAAGCUUUUUGAGAAUGACAAUUACACGCUGCAGGGGAUUUUCACCAAUAAUUACACCUGUUUACACCAAGCCGAAUUUUACUUCACAGCUCCUCCUCGCCGAAGCUUACAUCUGGUGUUUUUUACCCUUCUGACCAGCGUUCUAGUCGUGAUGACUUUCCUGCAUAAGCGUAUUUUGCGGUAUGCGAAAAAGUUGCUAGGGCUGGUAAUCCCAAGAUACAGGAACAUAACUCACCGAGAGAAUUUUGAUUUACAACCGUUGCAAAGUGGGAACCUUGUUCACAUGAGCAUCAACACUCAAUACACUCCAAUCGAAUUUUUGAGAGGCGAUUUCGACGAAUUCGAAUUCCCCCGGAACAAGAUAAUCAUUAAGGAAAUCCUCGGAACUGGAGCUUUUGGCCGAGUGUAUUCAGCCAAAGCUCUGGGAAUUGGCGGAAGUGAGGGUUACCAAAUGGUGGCGGUUAAAACGUUAGGGGAAGGAGAGCAAAUAACAAGAGAGGCAGCCGAUGAUUUCAAGUCGGAAAUUGAGAUAUUCAAAAAAAUUGGUAAGCACCCCAAUAUUGUGUCGCUCCUGGGUUGUUGUACUGUGGAAGCACCCUGUAUGAUGAUAAUGGAGUUGGUGCCGUGUGGCGACCUCAAGAAAUAUCUUGUGGAGUUGCGGGAACAAUGGUUUGCGGAAAAAAAUAAACAAGUGUUUUUUCCCCCAGAGAACGACAAUAGUGAUGGGGCAUAUAUUGAACCAUCGAGCCCUACCAGUGUUAAUUCUAUAACCACAAGCAGGUUACCAUCGACUUCCGAAACUGUCUUUACGAAUCUGGAGGACCCCAUGACGCCCCUCCUCGAGCAUAACCAGCAGGCCCUUCAGAAGGUUUUGGACCACAAGGAGCUCCAGAACUUCGCCCUGCAAAUCGCGCGGGGAAUGGCCCAUCUGGAGAAGAUCUCCAUCACCCACCGCGACCUCGCCGCUCGCAACAUCCUAAUCAACGAGUUCAAAACUUUGAAAAUCUCCGACUUCGGACUGUCCCGAACCGGGGUGUACAUCAACCAAAGGACGAAAAAACUCCCCCUGCGCUGGAUGGCUCUGGAAGCCAUCACCGAGCAGAAGUACGACAGUAGAAGUGACGUUUGGUCUUUCGGUGUAGUGUUGUGGGAGAUUGGCACACUUGGUGCGUUCCCGUACGAAAAAGUGCCCGAUUCGAUGAUUCUGCACUUCCUGCAGAUGGGGCGGAGGCUGGAAAGGCCGGAGAUCUGCACUGAUGAACUUUAUUCGCUGAUGAGGCAGUGCUGGGCCACGGACCCGAGUCAAAGGCCCACGUUUAGAGAACUGGAGAGUGCGCUGGAUGUUAAGGCGAAGAAGGUUUACGUGAACUUUGACCAACUUAAUCCGUCUUAUGUUUUUCCGCCGAGUGAUGCGCGUGUGGUGAAAGGGGUGCCCAUUGUUAUUAAUCCGAGGAUAAUUCAGGAGGAAGAAGAGGGAACUUGAUGAUAAUAAAAUUAUCGUGAUGUGUGAUAUUUCAAAAUUAAACGCACUUUGUUUAUUUAUUUCGUAAAGUUAAGGCACCCACUCGUAUUUGCCAUUUUUCACGCGAAAAAAGACGAAUUUCUGUUGAAAAUAAAUAAUUUAUUGUGCUUUGUUUUUUCUAUGAAAAAAUACAUGUUUUCCAUUAUUAAUAAAUUGAUUUUCAUUUUAACAA